AUGAUUAGAAUCUGGGGCACAAAGUUUUGGAUCACAUGUCUGAUUGUAGCCUUCUUUUUCCUACUAGUUACAUUUCAGGUGGUGGUUGAACUAGGCAGAUUUGAAAAACAGAAGAAAAAAGGUGUUUCUUUACAGGAUUUACAACACCAGAAACAAUCUCAUUCAUUGUUGACUGGAUUACAAGCAAAUCUCUUCCACAAAAGGUUUGACAAUGGAUUGGACAAAUAUCCCAUCAUGCUUUGGUGGUCUCCAUUGACUGGUGAGAGUGGAAGGCUGGGACGAUGUGGAGACAAUUCAUGUUUUUUCACUAUAAACAGAACAUACUUGCAUCAUCCUAUGACAAAAGCUGUCCUGUUUUAUGGCACAGACCUCAAUAUAGACAGCUUACCAAUUCCACGUAAACGGUAUCAUGAAUGGGCUUUAUUUCAUGAAGAGUCCCCAAAAAACAACUACAAACUCUUCCAUCCACCAACCAUUACCCUCUUUAACCACACGGCGACAUUUAGCCAACAUUCCCACUUGCCUUUGACAAGCCAGUAUUUGGAAGGUCUACAAAUACUAACAUCACUUGAUUACUUUGUGGCCGUGGGAAAAAAGAAUGCCCUAAGGAAGAAACUUGCUGCAGUAGUAUAUGUACAGUCAGAUUGUGACCCACCAUCAGAUCGUGACACUUACAUUCAAGAACUAAUGAAAUACAUUCCUGUGGAUUCCUAUGGGGAAUGCUUACAUAAUCGAGGUCUACCUCCAGAGGUGAACAACCCAUCGUUUAUGGAUCACGCACAGUUCUAUCACAUCCUUGCUCAGUAUAAAUUUAUUCUGGCAUUUGAAAAUGCAGUUUGUGAGGAUUACAUAACAGAGAAGUUAUGGAGGCCCCUUAAGCUAGGAUCUGUACCCAUAUAUUAUGGUGCCCCAAAUGUCGAGGACUGGCUUCCUAGUAAUAAAAGUGCAAUCAUAGUGACUAGAUUUUCACAUCCAAGAGAAUUGGCAAGGUAUAUAAAACAGAUGGACAAAAAUGACAGUUUGUACAUGGAAUUUUUAGAUUGGAAACUAAAAGGUCAUAUUAGCAACAUGCACUUGGUCACUGCUAUCAAAGAAAGAAAAUGGGGUGUACAAGAUGUAACACAAGACAAUUAUAUUGAUGCAUUUGAAUGCAUGGUGUGUACAAGAGUUUGGGAUAACAUAAGGCUGACAGAAAAGGGUCUAAAAGAAAAGCAGUGGAAAGCAGAGAUGACUCACUUAACAUGUCCUGCUCCUGAAUCCUUUACAUUUGUGCAAGAACGUGCAUCAAAGUCUAGUAUGAGAGACAUGUGGAAGCCCAGCUUUGAACAGUCAAAAAAAGAAGCUCAGGCACUCAGACUGCUGGUUGACAGAAACAAAAAUUUUACCACUCAGGACUUUUGGAACCUUGUUUUCAAACAUUAA